AUGGCGAACGAAGGAGGUUACGUGACGGUGUCGGCGGAAGAGAUGGCGGAGCUACGGAGGAGGAACAGAGAGCUCGAGAGAGAAGUAGAGGAGAUGAAGACGGAAAUGAUUCAGUUGUGGCAGCGUACGGUGGUUGCGGAGGAGGCGGAAGAGCGACUCUGCUCGCAGCUGGCGGAGCUAGAGGUUGAAUCUUUAGAUCAGGCGCGUGAUAAUCACGCUCGCGUACUCUUCCUCAUGGAUCAGAUCUCUCGCCUCUCUUCUUCUUCUCUCGUUUCUUCGUCGCAGAUUUAG